ACAUGGUGAUGGGGAGGGAGGGGAAGCUCGUGGUUCUGUACUGCAACUUCACUCACCCUCACCAUCAAUACAAAGGCAACAUCAACAUCAUCUGGAAUGAGAAGGGGACCAAGGAGCCCAUCUUCAAAUACAAAAAUUAUCUAUCGAGCGGCAAGUAUAAAAAUGAGAUUGUGGAUAAUGUAGGAGCUCGCUACAGACCAAUGGGGGACCCUCGGAAGAACGAUGCUUCCAUAAUCAUUAAUCAGCUGAGAACGACGGAUACAAACAAGAUCCUCGACUGUCGUGUUGAGCUCACAGGGCAAGCAAGAGCAAAUUAUGGAUGCCCACAUGGGCGAAUCACAGCAUCAGGUGAUGUCAGCGCAUCUAUGGUGAUCGGGAAGAGAGGAGGUGGUGCCACACUGAACUGCAACUUCAAACACUCGAGCGCAAAUCGCAGGGUGAUCACUGUCCUCUGGAUGAAGGGGACUCCAUGGGAAGAGUCCGUUGUCUUUAAACAUACCCGCUCCUACGCCACAAGUGGUCCCGGCACUAACAAUAGUGAGGGGACUCACGUUGAAUGA